UGCGUGUGUGUGUGUGUGUUACACUACAGCAUCUCUCCCUCAACCCGCCGCCCACUCCAUUCCGACCACCGAGCCAGACGCCCGCUGCAGCCUCGCCGGCUUCGUCUCAUCACAUCGGCCGUUGCGCUUUUCUUCAUUUGAGGAGGAGGAGGACGGACGAAAAAAAGAAAGAACAUCCGCGACAUUUCGCCAUGGCGAGCACCGAAGACAAACCAGCCGACAAGGAGAAUGUGUCAAACUGGAAGGAUUCAAUCUACAACCCGAGGACCGGGGAGUUAAUGGGUCGCACCGCCAGCAGCUGGGGCCUCAUUCUGUUAUUUUACCUGAUAUUCUACUGUUUCUUGGCUGGCAUGUUUGCCCUGACCAUGUGGGUGAUGCUGCUCACGCUGGAUGACUAUGUGCCAAAGUACAGAGACCGUGUCCCUCAUCCAGGGUUGGUGAUUCGCCCACACUCACUGGACAUUUGGAUCAACAAAUCUGAUCCUUUCAAGUACGCACAAUACAUCCAACACCUGGAGUCCUUCCUGCAAAAGUAUAAUGACACCGAACAGGAGAGGAACGAGUUGUGUCGUCCGGGGGAGUAUUUCUUGCAGGGGGACGAAGGCAUAGAGAAGAAAGCUUGUCAGUUCAAGAGGAGCUUGCUGAGCCGCUGCUCUGGCCUGGCCGACACCAAUUUCGGAUAUGCAGAGGGCAAACCUUGUGUACUGCUCAAAAUGAACAGGAUUAUUGGCCUGAUGCCACGCGGGGACCCCUAUAUUAACUGUACAGCAAAGAGAGACACUCCAGUGCAGAUGCAGUAUUUCCCCAGUGAGGGACGCAUUGAUAAGAUGUAUUUCCCCUACUACGGGAAGAAAGCUCACGAGAGUUACGUGCAGCCCCUGGUGGCCGUCAAGCUGCUGCUGUCCAAGGAGGACUACAACACGGAGCUGACGGUGGAGUGCAGGGUGGAGGGCUCUGACAUCCGCAACAAUGACGACAGGGAUAAGUUCCUGGGCCGUGUCACCUUCCGGGUUAAGGUGUUUGAGUAAGGAAAAUAAGGAAUGGUGGGGGGGGGGGACGUGGCCAGAAGCUGCCCAUUUAGCUAGGGAUUUACAAUUUGAAAAAAGGAAGGAAGUGUCAAAGACGUCAAAGAGAGCGCGCUCCCGUUUGGCUAGCUUGUUUGUCAUGAUGUAGAAUGAUGGUUUGGUUUUUUUUUUUGUUUUGGGUUUUUUUUUUACCCCUCUGGCCCUUCCUUAUUCCCAUUUUAAGAUUUCUGGCUGUUGUCAUUCUGGCCUCUUAAGACAUCCCGAUGAUUCAUAGGCUCUGUUCCACCGAUGCUCCCUUCCAUCCAUGCAUACACUCGUUGCACUGUUCCUUGUUCUCACUCACCUCUUUGUCGUACUGACGAGACUGGAUAAUUAUAGGCAUUUCAGGAAAGCCAUGUAGAGUUGAUGAUAUAGUAGUCUUUAGUUUGUUCUUGUUUUGUUUUUUUGUUUUAUUUUUUUGGGGUUUUUUUUUUUUUUUUUUUAGAUCUGUCCAUCAUCUGUCGGAUGUCACUUAAAACUAUACAAAUCAUUAUGUCUGGUCUGAAAAGGGUUGUAUCUUACUGUAUAGUAUAGGUGAUAUUGUAGAACAUUUCCAACACGCUUUCACGGUACUCAUGGUUCAGCAUCCCACUGUCUUUUUCACAUAUUUGAAGACCGUCUUCAUACAGGAACGUACCUUGAUAAUCAAGUAUAACCACUAUAUCCAUAUGUAUGAAAUGCCAAUUACGAUGCCCCUUUCCACUUAAUAGGUUUUAAUUCUUAUCAUAUCUAGGAAAUUGUAGAUAGAUUUUAAUGUAGUGGUUUUUACUUAACCACAAACCCCAGUCUUGCGCUGUCUGUCUGGGUGGCUGCAUGUGUGUCUGUCUGUCUACUUGUCCUUCUUCCUGGCUGGCUCGACAUUCCCGCCUCCCCACUGCAAUAGCCAAUGUGUGGGUAAGCGUUCUAGGACUUGAUUUUAGUCUUGCUUCACCCAAGUGGGUGCUAUAUAUUGAUGGUGGCUGAGGUGACACAAACACACAAGCACACACACACACACACACAUGCAUACACACACAAACAGAGGUACAGUGUAAAAUGCUUUUUUGGCCAAGAGGUGCUGGAAAGCACUGUAAAAAUGAAGUUCACUGUAUCCAAUGUACUGUAUAUUCUUAUGUGUCUGUAUAUCUACCUGGGUCUGCAAGGUUUGUCAGUUUACUCUCUUCUUCAGUCUGUGGAUCUGAUUGUCUGCUAGUUUGUCUAUUGCAACUCAAUGUAUAUAUAUAUACACUAUUUACCAUAUUUACUGAGUUCACACUGUAUUUUUGUCUCAAAACACAACAAUCUGUGCACUGUAAAGAAAUAAUUUAAACAAAGAUUUACAGGAAAUUAUCUUAUUCAAAGUUAUGUUUACACAGUCUUAGAAGGAACCCGCGUUUGAAAGAACAACUUGUAACAUCUCUUCAGGGUGCCUUAAGACCUGAUGAAAUAAAUUGUGGAAUAAAGGGGAUU